AUGAAGCCUCUCUCCCAGUCCCAUCCGUCCUCGCAACGUCGGCCGGUACCAUACGUGCUUGCCCCUCCAGUUCCUGGACAGCACCGGCCAAAGGAAGAAGGUCACGAAGAUGAUUAUGAGGCCACCGAAGGCGAGUCUGACGACAGUCUUGGAGCGCGCAUCCGGCACACCGGUGUCAGGACCUCUGGAAAACGUACCGGGGAAAGGGAUGAUAGGGCCGAUGUGAAGAAGCUCCUCGAUUAUCUGGAUGAUAUUUUCGAAGCCGAAGAUUCGCUACCAGCUGCUUCUCCUCAGGCAUCUCCGAUGCUUCUGUCUACUUCACCCACUCUCGCAGGAGGAACCGGCGGCUUCUUCACUACGUCUCUUGAUCCUGGCAGCGAGCCUAUGUUGCUUCCUCACGUCCUACGAAAACUGUUGCGAUAUAUCGAGGCAUCGUCGGUGGAGACUCGCUCGCGCCGCCGCAAAGGAGCCCGUGGUGCUUUGAGCCAAGUUGAUUCCGCUCCUCUGGGCCGAAUUCUACGAAUUCUGGACAGAAACGUGAAGGCUGCUAUCGAUCUCGAACCUUUUCCGGCUUCACUCGCUCCGAAGUCUACCAAGAAUACUCCGAAGAAGGCACGAAAGUCUGGUGUCGUUGAUCGUCGCUCGAUGUCGAGAGCUGCUUCAGAUGCAAUCUCGCUCGGGCUUGAUGGAGAGCCUGAAGAAGACAUGGAUACCCCUGUAGAUGAUGAGUCGCUUGAGGAGGAACCGCAGGAGGGUAAGGAGGAACAACUUGCUGAUAUGAGCGUCGAAAAGUGCACCCACCUGCUUGAGAUCGUAUCUCUGGGUGUCAUGGCUGCUGACUGCUGUCUGGCCCUGCUUACGGCAGAUGCUUUGCCUAAGAAACUCUACUCCGAAGAUAUCAUUAAGGAUUGUCUUGAUGUUGUCAAGGGCUCAUUGGAGAAGACUGUCUAUCCGAUAGUGGAGGCGUCUGCUGACAACUCAACAAAUUCAUCUUUAAUCAAACGGAUCACCGAGUCAAAGGAGUCAGCGUCAUCCCAACAUCUCUCUGCAACCUUCCAAUCCCUCCUGUCACUCAUGCCACGCAUUGAUGCCUUGAUAUCUCAUGGCGAGCACGCCAUGUCUGAGACGAUCGUGAUCUCCGCGACAUACAUUGCUAUUGGGCCAUUUUUCGUAGUAGACAAUUCGUCUAUGGGCGAUGAUGCCCGCAAAGCCAAAAGCAAAGCGAAAGAUGCAGCUGUUUUUGCCCUAGGCGGCAAGGCAGGGUUCCCAGCUCUCAGGCUGUCUGCGUUGAGUCUGAUUCGGAGUAUAUUUGCUAACCAUCCUGAUCAACGAUCGAGCAUUAUAGAGGAUAUCCUGACAUCUCUGAUCAAGCUGCCCGAUUUCAAGCGGAAAGGGGGACAGUUCAGAUUACGGAACGGAAAGUCGAUCAACAUUGUCUCUGCAUUAUUGUUGCAACUAGUCCAGACCACUGGUCGCGGUCUGCGAUUAAGCAUCAAGAGUCUGAAGGCUCGCACCGCGACAGACGCGGUCACGCAGCAGGUCAAGGUGGACGAUGGCGAAGUACUAGAUAAGGAGACCUCCGCCGAGAUUCCAUUAUACAAGUCUGGGCUCGACAGUGGCCAGACGUGUGCAUGGACUAUUUUGCAGUUUUUGGUGAACAGAUCUGGGAAGAGCAAAACCACAAAAGAUUCAAAUGAGGCGGAAUAUCGAGCGGUUUUCGACAGCUUCACGGCGGAUCUUCUGACUGUGCUGUACUGGCCGGAAUGGCCGGCUGCCUCGGUGCUGCUGCGUCUUGCCUGCAAACUCAUGUGGACGUCGCUCGAAGAUGUCAAAACAACCGCAGACAAUGCAACCAAGCAGCUAGCUCUCGACCAUCUCGGCACGAUUGCUGCACAUCUUCGAUCUGUCAGCCUGAAAGCCCUGCCGGCGGAUUCUGGAGGCAAGCCAAAGUUCAGACCAUUAGAAGAGAUUGUCGCUUCUUGCAGCGUCAAUCGUUUCAAGCAUGUCCUGGAAGCACAAUCAGAGAUCACAGCAUAUCUCGCCAAACGUGCUUCUGAUGAUCGUACUGAGGAUCAAGCUUAUUUUAUUGCAAGGGAAUUUUCCAUCGCACUGUGGGGCCAUGAGGUUGCUAUCAAUCUAUCGCAAGCAGUGGAGAAUUUAGACGCCGAUGCUUCAACGUCUGCCGAACGAUUCGAAAAAGGUUCAGAACUUGUCAAAGAAAUGUCAAAUGCUAUUCGCAAUGCGUGGGAUAAGGAUAGUGGAGAUGUUUUUGAAGCCAGUUCCGAUCAUGAAAGCUCUCGCAUCGACACGGUUGGCCAGCUGCUUGGUGCCACCAAUCCACUCCAAAACACAUUCGAUCCAACCAUACAUGCCAUCCUCUUGGCAUUAACAUCCCCUGCGGUCUUCAUGCGCACGAAAGCGCUGCGUGCCAUCGGCCAAAUUAUCACCUGCGACCCGCAGCUCCUGCGCCAACAAAACGUUCGCCAGACCAUUGAGUCUCACUUGGUUGACAACUCGUCUGCAGUGAGAGAGGCAGCCAUUGAACUCAUAGGAAAAUACAUCGUCCAAGAACCGGCCCUUACCGGAGAAUAUUAUGCGAAACUUUCCGAACGGAUGGCGGAUACUGGUUUGGGCGUACGAAAACGAGUCAUGAGGCUGCUAAAGAGCCUUUAUGAUGUGUCCGACGAUCGGGCUAGAAAAACAGAUAUUUGCGUCAAGAUGAUUCAACGUAUGCUAGACGAGGAUGAGACCGUAAAAGAUCUUGCGAUCAAAUCGAUGGAAGAGAUGUGGUUUCCCUCUGUAGUGGCCAACCCUCGUAGCUCCAGUCAGCCACCCGGUGAGGAUAUGCGCGUUUUCAUGGAAGUAGUUGGCGCCUUCAAGGAUCGAACUUCCAUGUUGGAGGAUCUGCUUCGUCAAAUCCUUCUAGACAAGAAUAGGAAAGACGACAGCAUUAUCAUCCAACGCUACAGCGCGUUAUGCGACAGCCUGAUCAAUUGCCUGGUAGAUGACCCAGAUGCAGAAAUUAAUCCCGUCUACUGCGUCCAAGGAAUUUAUCUUCUUGCUACUGCACACCCUAAAGUCAUGUCCGGCUCAAGAGCAGAGAUCCUUUUGCCUUAUCUUAAAGUGGCUACAACGGCCGACGAGCGCGCCAUCACAGACUCGGUACUCAAGGUUUUCCGAGCGGCCAUUCCUGGAAUGCCUAAGACGGCCGUCGCCUUCGGUGAAGAAUUACAGAAGGUCUUGCUUCCAAUGAUAAGCAGGCCGUCCUCGGCUGGCGGGAUAUCGAGCUUACAGGAAACGAUCGCUUGUUUUUGUGCAGCAGUGAAAUACCUGACUCAUGACUACGUUCGACUAGUCACGUUAUUGAAACCCUGCAACAUAAAGUUGCAGGUCGAGAUAAAGGCAUUAGAAGCAGGGAAAUCCAACCCAGCUUCUGUUCAAGCUACCCCACUUCUUAUGUUCAUUGUCGCGUUUCUUAACGAACAUUGCGACUUUGACGAGGUUCGGCUGCAGAAGCCCGACACUGCUGCUCAGCUCGAUUCGAUGUCGACUCAUUCUAUCACGGAGCAUUUCUAUUCUCUCUUCUUGAAGUUAUACAAGCUUCCAGGCAACGAGAAACUAUCUGUUGCAGCCUUACAAUGUCUCGGGAUCAUGUUCAAGUCUUAUCCCAAGCUGCUCACUCAUGACUCCACUCUCAGUCUGAUGGAUUCAAUAUUUGCUUCGCAGGAUGUGGAAGGCCGGGGACGCGUCCUUAAGAUUUUGCAGGAUUUCCUCGCCUCGGAAGCGACCAAGCGAGCAGAGGAAGAACGGGCAAACAAAAAAGCUGGGAAGAAGGCAGACGUCAACAUGGAUGAACUUAUUGGAAGUGCGGACACGUUCGCGGAUUCUGGUAUCGCGUCAACUGUCAUUCAGCGCUACUUGGGCCAUAUAUUGGAGGGCACGUUGUCCACCCACCUGCCAACCCAAAGGUUCUCCGUGGACAUCUUGGGAUACACCAUCAGGCAGGGCUUAGCUCACCCGCUGCGGUGUCUUCCUGUCCUGAUUUCUCUGGAGACAAGCCCUGAUACGGGACUUUCAGCCCGCGCUGGUGCCCUGCAUGCCCUUCUCCAGAACAAACAUGCUUCGAUGUUGAACAGUAGGCUCAUCGACUGUGCUCGAAAGUCCUUCGAAUAUCAGGCGCGCAUUUGUGAAGGUGCAGUUCGAGGCUUUCGAGGCGCCCAAGCUCCUGUUGCUCUUUUGCAUCGAUGGUAUGCACUGGUGCGAGAAAAACGGGGUCCACGCCAGGAUCUCUUGAAGGCUAUCAUGAAAGCAUUUGAUGUCGACACCACGAAUCUGACUGCAACUGAGGAUGAUGUGGCGUUUGUUCGGUACAUGGCGGAGAACGUGUCGGCGUUGGAGUUCAAGACCCUGGAAGAAGUGUUGACAGUUGUACGAUCUUUGAUGUCUGUACUCUCUGUGGCUGGCAUGCAAGUGGUUGAUACGCUGGCCCGCUUGGACUUGGGAGACGAGAUUGAUGCUGAUACAGCCCAAGGAGUCCUCAUUGUGAGCUGGAAUGACGUAGGUUCAUCGUCGUUUCAUCUCGUUUCAUCGCUGAUUCAGAUUCUAGCAACCUUAUCCGAUGCCUUCCCACUCAUGCGAUCGUCGGUUGCGGUGGGUAUUAUCCUUGUCCUCAAAGGCUACUUGAAGGGCGUGUAUGGUUUAUCGGAAGAGAAAUGCUUGAAGUUUGUCAUCGGGAAGAAGAGCAACUUGGGGGAUAGACCUGCGAUGCGGAAGCAUGAUUACCCUAUGGACUAUGAAAGACUUCCCUUUGCGAUGACGAGCCUCGUGACUAUGGAGGACCUUCGUACCCAGCGGAGACAGUUCUUGCAACUUUGGGCACAGGACGGUGUCACGGCUGAUCCGGCGGAUGAUCUGGACAUGGAUCAGCCGCUGUGA